UCCAACUGGCAACACUGGGCGGGAAUUAACCGUUUCUUGAAUUUUUAUCUUGAAUGUCAAUUUUAUUUUUAUCAUUAGAAAUCUUUGUAAUUGAUUAAACAUAAUUUAUCACUUAUCAGUAAAAGUAGAAUAUAGUAAAUUAGUAGCACAUUAUUUUAAAUAUUAUUAAGUAUAGUGGUAUCCAAUAAGUGUUAUCUCUAUAUUAUAACUACUAUAUAUAAAACUUCAAAAGGGCGAAUUCUUUGUUAUCUAAACAGUACUUCAAGUACAAAAUAACUAUUGUUCAACUUGAACAAUAACAUGGUUGCCAACACUACAGAUUCUAGUGUGAGAUUGACUAUGUGCCCUGCACAUUGCCACUUUAGCUUGACAACUCGUUGAAAAUGCUUGACACGCAAGAAACUUGUUUUACAAUAGAUUAUUGUCCUUUAAAGAAAGAAUAUGUAACUUGUAAAGAAUAGAAAAAUAAUGUGGAACAGUAAUAUCAACAAUGAGGAUGAUGACUAGUUCUUCACUAUGGAACCCAGGGACAAGAAUCUCUAUGUGAUAUCAUUAGAUGCUGUGGAUUUGAACCUGCUACCAACUAUUUACAACACAAAAGACAAUGGAAUUGUACCUCUAUGGUCGAAGAGUAAUUUAGAAAAGAGAAAUAAUGAGUAUUAUCAGUUUGAAAUUAAAAGUAAAGAUGAUGAAAGUGCCAAAGAUUUAAAGCCAAAACUUGAAAUCGAAAACACACGGUGUCACAUUUGCGACAUUGAAGUACCAAAACCAUUUUUAGGUGAACAUAGACUGAGUAUGAGACACAAAACGAAUGUAAAAAUAGCUGACAUCGCUAUCAAUAGAAUGAAGAAACACAUAAAUGAUACAGACAACAAUGCACAAACUGAUUUUGAUGAAGUUGAUGAGUCAGUAUAUUUUUGUGCCACAUGUGUUACAGUUGUGGACAUUAAAGACAACACUGCACACAACAAAUCGCUUGCACAUAAAAAUAGUGUGAUACUCCAGAAAAUAUUUGAUGAUUUCCUGCUUUUGUAUCAUUGUGAUGAGAAUGAUAAAAACGAUGAAAAGACUAAAGAUCUCGAGUUGAAAAUAAAUGAUGCAAUGCGGAAAUUUGUUAACGGCUCCAAAAUUACUGACGAAACAGAAUCUAAAAUGGAACUGAAUAAUGAACACAAAAAAGAUUCGACAUCAGAAAAAAUAAUUAAACAAGAGUCUGUUAAAAUAGCGCAGAACAAUGGACCAAAAAAAGAUACACUAUUAGAAGAUAAAUCUAAAAUAGACAUAAAAACCCAACAAAAAGACAUAUUGUCAGAAAGGGAAUGUAAAAUAAUAUUUAUGAAAUCAUAUUUGUCCUUACUGCAAAGUCGUAUUGAAUAUCCAAUGUAUUUUAAAUUACAAGAUGAUAUUAGUAUGAUUGAAAUUGAAACAAUUGAUGGAAGCGUUGUCAAAGUUAAUCAGGAUAAUUUUCACAGCUUCAAUAGAAUUGGAAAGAAGCUAAUACAAUGUUACGUUUGUAAAGAGAUAUUCAAAGUUAAAGUUGUGGAAGAUCAUAAGAUGAGUUACAAACACAUUAAUUCCUUAAUAGCUCCCCUGAAGGAUAAACACUGUGCAAGACAGAUAGAUUCUAGAAUAACUCACUGUCUUAUUUGCAACACGAUAACAGAAAAUGCAGACCUCCACGCUCUUUGUGAUAAAGAUCAUGCAUUCAUUUUAAAUGAACUUCUUAUAUCUGAUAAAUUGGUUGAAGAUAUAUGUGUACCAUCAUGUAGAAGUAUAAAUUCAAACAAGGUUGACAAUACAAAUGAUAAGUAUGUGCCAGUGCAAGAUAAAAACGAAGAGUCAAAUGAAGUAAAAGAGGUAAAUGAAAAUGAAGAGUCAAAAGAAAAAAAGGAAUCAAAUGAAAUUAAGGAGUUAAAUAGAAAUGAGAAGUCAAAUGAUAAUAAGGAUACAAAUGAUAAAGAGGGUUCAGAUGAAUAUGUAGAACGCAAUGAUAAAUGGAUUCAAGUUUCAAAAUCUUUAGCAAAUGUUGAUUUUGACAAUCUUCAACCUAAUGUAAGUGGAACAGGCAUACAAACAAAUAAAUAUUUUUGUACCACAUGCAACGAAUACGUGAGUUUGUUCCGUCGUGCAAAACAUAACAAUACAGUAAAACACAUUUCAAAUACAAAAUCCAAGUAUCAUUACUUAUUGAGAGAGAUAGAAAACGAAUUGGUCUGUAAAGUUUGUGAUGUUACAAUACCAAAUAAUAUGGAAAAUGUAAAAAAACAUGUUGUAGAGAAAAUCCACGUAGAGAAGUACUGUCAAUUACUGAAGGAUAAUAGAAUUAAGAAAAUCAAGAAAAACAUACAUUACUAUUGCGAACCUUGCGAUGAAGUUGUCUUGAUAAAAAAUGAAUUGAUACACAUGAAUAAUAAAUCACAUCAAGCUAAGUGUUUCACUGUUGAAUAUGUCAUUGAAGUUACUGAGAAAAAUAAAAAUACUGACAACAAUGAAGACACUGUCAAAAAUGAAGCCACUGACAAAAAUGAAGCUACUGACGAAAAUGAAGCCACUGACAAAAAUGAAGCUACUGUCGAAAAUGAAGCCACUGUAUUAAAUAACGGCUCUGAGAAAAAUGAAGACAGCGAGAAAAUGUCAAUUGAAUUCUUUCACUGCGAUGUUUGUAAUGUAAAAGUGCCAAACUACGAUCGCAAUAUACAAGAGCAUAUGAAUGGAAGAAUCCAUCGCAUAAACGCUGACAAAAAUGGAAAUCUGACUUUAGAUGAGAACACUGAAAAACCAACAGAAAUUUUAAGUCAUUAUCAUAUGGAACCAACACAAUACCCAGCUGUACUAUGCUGUAGAGUAUGCAACCUGAAUGUUUUGUACAACGAAACAGCAGUUUCACAACAUAUAAGUCACGAAUUUCAUAAAUCAAAUUAUGAGAAACUGUUAAAAGACAACCAUUUGCUUUUAAAAGACAAUGGUUGUUACUGCAACAUUUGCAAGGUUGAAGUUGGUUUAAAGAGUGAGAUAAUGCACGCGUAUGGUAGAAAACAUAAUAAGAAUUUAAAGCAAAAAUUAGCGCAAGCCGAUUUUACUGCAUCAUCUGUACCUAUGACAGACACAAAUAUGCCGACAGUGAAUGCUGACAUUAAUCCGUCCACUUCUAUCGACAAAGAUAUUAAUACAAAUAGAUACAAUCAGCCAACAGUUGCAAAUUCAAAACCUAGUACAUGGGUAAAAGUCGAACAUAAUGUCAAAGAUGUUAAAAAUGUGGACAUACCACCUAAGAAUGCCAACUCUAAUGUAGAGUUAAAAAAUAUAGGUAUUGAACCUGAAAUGCUCGCUCUGUUGCAACCCACGGAACAACCUACUGCUGUGUUUUGUAAAAUAUGCAAAACUAAUAUACCAUAUACUAAAUAUAAUGUGGAAACUCACAUAAAUGGUUUGAAACACAAGAUGAAUGAAUCUUUGCUUGAAGUAGAAGUGAAAUAAACUGUUGAUAAUAUUAACUAUGGAGGUGCUUGGUGCUCUCUGAAAACCUUGGCUGUGCAAAUUAAUUAUAUGUAUUUUUUAAAUUACAUUCUAUUAUUGUUAUUUACGAUUGACACACAGAUAUAAGACUUAUGCGUAAGUUAAGUGCUCUGUUCUGUGGACUAACAUGGCAUCCAUAUGAUCAAAAAUCCAGAUAUUAAGCUAGUUGACUCAUAUAAAAUGAAAUAAAAACAAUAUUAACUUCGUUUAUGGGAUACUUUAGAAACUUGAGUUAAAAAUUGCGUAUUUUAUCUAUUUUUCCAAUCGCAAAAAACACUGUCUGCCAUUUUGUGACGUCAUAGUCUUAGUAAAUGGCACAUAAAACUAAAGGAUGCCAAAUUCUUUUGUUUUAAACCGAUCUAAAUGCUUUAAACCAGUUUUCCUGGAAUCUACUAUACUUUCAGUGUAAAUAAAAUCAUGUUUUCAAUAAAAAAACUGAAAGGCGAAAACUAAAGUCCGGCCGCUCAGAGUAAGCGUGUCUGACAGGUCAAUUAGGUGACACUGUGAAGUCAAACAGUAUUAUCAAGGUAUAAUUUUACAGGUGUAGGUUACAAAAUAUUGUCCAGUAAGUUUGUUUAACUUUGUUAUAAUAAAUAUUUUGUGGUAUUAUUA